CAGACCCGUGUGCUCAGCAAUGAGGACUAUGUGGUGGCCCUGCCUUGUCUUGGCUCUGCUCUCUGGCUUGGAGACCUCUGGCUUUCCGAGAAGUCCCCUCCGGCUGCUUGGGAAACGGAGCCUCCCAGAGGGGGUGGUGGAUGGCAUUGAGGUUUAUAGCACCAAGAUCAGCUGCAAGGUGACCUCCCGCUUUGCUCACAAUGUUGUCACCACAAGGGCUGUCAACCGUGCAGACACAGCCAAGGAGGUGUCCUUUGAUGUGGAACUGCCCAAGACAGCCUUCAUCACCAACUUCACCUUGACCAUUGAUGGUGUCACCUACCCCGGGAACAUCAAGGAGAAGGAAGUUGCCCAGAAACAAUACGAAAAGGCUGUGUCCCAGGGCAAGACAGCCGGUUUGGUCAAGGCCUCUGGGAGGAAACUGGAGAAAUUCACAGUGUCUGUCAACGUGGCUGCAGGCAGCAAAGUCACCUUUGAGCUAACCUAUGAAGAACUGCUCAAGAGAAACAAGGGCAAGUACGAGAUGUACCUUAAGGUCCAGCCCAAACAACUGGUCAGACACUUUGAGAUUGAUGCGCACAUCUUCGAGCCACAGGGCAUUAGCAUGCUAGACGCUGAAGCCUCAUUCAUCACUAAUGACCUCCUGGGAAGUGCCCUCACCAAGUCCUUCUCAGGGAAGAAGGGGCACGUGUCUUUCAAGCCCAGCUUAGACCAGCAGCGCUCAUGCCCGACCUGUACAGACUCCCUCCUCAACGGGGACUUCACCAUCGUCUACGAUGUGAACAGAGAGUCUCCAGGGAAUGUGCAGAUAGUCAAUGGCUACUUUGUGCACUUCUUCGCGCCCCAAGGCCUUCCAGUGGUGCCUAAGAACAUAGUCUUUGUGAUUGAUGUCAGCGGCUCCAUGUCUGGUCGGAAAAUCCAGCAGACCAGGGAAGCCCUUCUUAAAAUCCUGGAUGACGUGAGAGAAGAUGACUACCUGAAUUUCAUUCUCUUCAGCACUGGUGUGACCACCUGGAAAGAUCACCUAGUUCAAGCCACCCCUGCAAACCUCGAGGAGGCCAGGACAUUUGUGAAGAACAUCCACGAUCAAAGCAUGACCAACAUCAAUGAUGGGCUGCUGAAGGGUAUUGAAAUGCUGAACAAGGCCCGAGAGGACCACGCUGUCCCAGAGAGGAGCACCUCCAUCGUCAUCAUGUUGACAGACGGGGAUGCCAAUAUUGGUGAGAGCAGACCGGAAAAGAUCCAGGAAAACGUCCGGAAUGCCAUCGGGGGCAAGUUCCCUUUGUAUAACCUGGGUUUUGGCAACAAUCUGAAUUAUAAUUUCCUGGAGACUCUGGCCCUGGAGAACCAUGGGCUUGCCCGGCGCAUUUAUGAAGAUUCUGAUGCCAACUUGCAGCUGCAGGGCUUCUAUGAAGAGGUAGCUAAUCCACUGCUGACUAAUGUGGAGGUGGAAUACCCCGAGAAUGCCAUCCUAGACCUCACCAGGAACAGUUACCCCCACUUCUACGAUGGCUCUGAGAUUGUUGUAGCAGGGCGCCUGGUGGACAGGAACAUGGACAACUUCAAAGCAGAUGUGAAGGGCCAUGGGGCCUUGAAUGACCUGACCUUCACAGAGGAGGUAGACAUGGAGGAAAUGGAUGCGGCCCUGAAGGAGCAAGGCUACAUUUUUGGGGACUACAUUGAGCGACUCUGGGCCUACCUCACUAUUGAGCAGCUACUGGAGAAACGCAAGAAUGCCAAAGGGGAUGAGAAGGAGAACAUCACAGCGGAGGCCCUGGAUCUGUCCCUCAAGUACCACUUUGUAACCCCACUGACCUCCAUGGUGGUGACCAAGCCUGAGGACAAUGAAGACCAGACAUCCAUUGCUGACAAGCCUGGGGAAGAAGCCAUCGCUGAGACCAAGACCAUGUCCUUCUUGAGCCCAGGAGUCCUGGGAAGUCCAGGAGGCCAGGGAAGUCUUGUGGCACAGGGUGUCAGCCCAUUCUCUGAUGUGCUCUCAGUGGAUGGGGACCCCCACUUUAUCAUCCAAGUCCCGGGAAAAAACGACAGCAUCUGCUUCAACAUCGACGAGAAGCCUGGCACCGUGCUGCGCCUGAUUCAGGACCCAGUCACAGGUAUCACUGUGACCGGACAGAUCAUCGGAGAUAAGGGAAGUAGCGCUUCUUCCAGGACAGGGAAAACUUAUUUUGGCAAACUGGGCAUUACCAAUGCUUGGAUGGACUUCCGGGUUGAGGUGACCACGGAGAAAAUCAUCCUAGGGACUGGGGCCGAGCUGAGCACGUUCAGUUGGCUAGACACAGUCACGGUCACACAGACCGGGCUGUCUGUAACAAUCAACAGGAAAAAGAAUAUGGUGGUGUCCUUUGGAGAUGGGAUUAGCUUUGUGAUCGUCCUACACCAGGUUUGGAAGAAACAUCCAGUUCACCAGGACUUCCUAGGGUUCUACGUGGUGGACAGUCACCGGAUGUCAGCACAGACACAUGGGCUGCUGGGCCAGUUCUUCCAACCCUUUGACUUUGAAGUGUUUGGCAUCCACCCAGGCUCUGACCCUACGAAGCCAGAUGCCACAAUGGUGGUGAAGAAUUAUCGGUUGACUGUCACAAGGGGCUCCCAGAAAGAUUAUAGGAAGGAUGCCAGUGUUGGCACCAAGGUCACCUGCUGGUUUGUCCAUAACAAUGGAGAAGGGCUAAUUGAUGGUGUCCAUACUGACUAUAUUGUCCCCAGCUUGUUCUGAGUAGCAUGCCAGCUGCUGCUGAAGUAGAAGGCCUGGGUGGCCUGGAGAAAGGACACAGAAUGGGGCUUGUGGGAAGGACCGGGACAAUAAAGCCCACCAUGUAAACCGAAA